GGUAACUUAGAAAACUCAAUCACUUACGAUGUUAAAUCGAAAUAAUUAAAGUCAGAUUGAAAUAAUAGCGCUAUUGACUACUAAUUUUGAUAAAAAUAGCUUUUCCACCAAUUACAUACUUUAUCAACCCAAAUCAAAAAAUCAUCCCUUGCACGCAAAUAACAGAAAAAAAAUAAAGUUUGAUCGAUAAAAAAAGACCCGAAAAAAUAUCUUUUGCGACUCAUCAUUCACUUUUAGAUUACAACCCGUGAGAUCAUUAUCAAAUCAUUACAAGAUGGAAUGUCCCGCGACGUCAGACAUUGUACUUCUCCAUGGAAAUUCGCAUCCAGAACUGGCCAAUCUAAUUGGAAGUCGCUUGAACAUAAAGUCUGGAGGUUGUUCAGUGUAUCAUAAAACAAAUCGUGAGACAAUGGUUGACAUCGGAGAUUCAGUACGUGGUAAAGACUGUUAUAUCAUUCAGACCGGAACAAAAGAUUGCAACAACAAUAUUAUGGAACUUUUGAUAAUGGCUUAUGCAUGUAAAACUUCAAGUGCCAAGUCAAUCGUUGCUGUGAUUCCAUAUCUGCCCUACUCAAAGCAAUGCAAAAUGAGGAAACGAGGAUCAAUUGUGACAAAGCUACUUGCUAAAAUGAUGUGCAAUGCUGGCUUAACUCACGUCAUCACAAUGGACUUACAUCAGAAGGAAAUUCAGGGAUUCUUUGAUUGCCCUGUGGACAAUUUAAGGGCUUCACCUUUUUUGUUGCAAUACAUUCAAGAAAGCAUCCCAGAUUAUCGCAAUGCCGUGAUUGUAGCAAGAAAUCCUGGAUCGGCUAAGAAAGCGACUUCAUAUGCUGAAAGAUUACGUUUGGGUAUUGCAGUGAUUCAUGGAGAACAGAAAAUUUCGGAGACUGAUGAAGUUGAUGGUCGUAAUUCACCACCAAAUGCUCCAAAAACUCGAAUGAAUGUUGGAGGAAGAAUCGCAGUUAUUGUCGACGAUCUCAUUGAUGAAGUCGAAUCAUUUGUUUCAGCUGCUGAAGUUUUGAAGGAACGCGGAGCUUAUAAAAUUUAUGUAUUGGCUACUCACGGGCUUUUAUCAUCAGAUGCUCCUCGUUUAAUUGAAGAUUCGCCUAUUGAUGAGGUUGUCGUGACUAACACUAUUCCACAUGAGAUCCAAAAGAUGCAGUGCCAUAAAAUCAAGACCGUUGAUAUUUCAAUUUUAUUAUCAGAAGCAAUCAGAAGAAUUCACAACAAGGAAUCGAUGAGUCACUUAUUUAAAAACGUCACAUUGGAAGAUUAA